AGGUCCCUUCUACCAAGGGAGCCUACAAGAAAAAAACAAAGUGCGUAACGCGGAAAAAAAAUCACGCAAUACUGUCUAUGGACGAGAUGCUUGAGUGUGCUGAAUAAAUUAAUGCAUUUGUGAGGAAACAUCGUAUCAGUUAAUGAAUUGACCGCCUUUCCACUAAUGUUUUACACAUACAAAAAAAAAAUAUUAAUUUUGGAGUUUACUAUUUGGGGAGUUUACUACGAUAAAAUAAUACUUUUUUUUCUUUAUUUUUUUAUAAGAGAAGUCACAGACAGUUUUGCGACAAGUAUGUGUUGGUUUACAGCUCUCCCCAUUAAUUUGUAUGAAAUCCUAAUUCCUCAAACGGCAACUUUCUGUCGUAACACGCUAGUUGACUGUCUAACGCUCUCUACAAUGGCAAAAACGCGGAGACUGUUAUACAAGUUUUAAAAAAAUAUCUGGAAAGGCUGCUCAGCUAUACCGAACUUCAUCGUAGUGUUUGGAUUUUACAGUAUUGAAUUUUCUACAAUGUCAGCCGAGUGGCUCUCUAAAAUCCCCGAGGUUGAUUUAGAUCCAAACGGCGUGUUCAAAUACGUCCUGAUACGGGUGCACAGUAAAGACGAUGAUUCAUAUGUUGAUAUUGUGAGAGGAUACGCAUGGGCCGAGUAUCAUGCUGACAUCUACGAUCAUGUUGCUGGAGAACUGGAGAGAGGUGGAGGAUUAGACUGUGAGUGUCUCGGAGGAGGUAGAAUCAGACAUGACAGUGCAGAAAAGAAGAUCCAUGUCUACGGCUAUUCCAUGGGCUUUGGGAAAGCAAAGCAUGCCGUUUCCACAGAGAAAAUAAAAGCUAAUUAUCCAGAUUAUGAGGUGACAUGGGCGGAUGAGGGGUACUGAGUGGGUUAUAUGGGAUAUGACUGCUCUGAUCCCUGUAUUCUGAAUCUAGCUUAAUGGAGUUCCAUAUUGUGCCAAGCCUGAAAAAGAGCAAGAGCCUUUUCAUAAUUCAGAUUUGGAUGGAUGGAUAAAAUGUUUACUCUGAAACAAGUGCAGAGAUCAUUUUCUGCAUUAUGCUUUGUUGGUUUUGAAUUUAACGACAUGUAGAUUAACAUUUGGCUGCAAGUAGAGAAUGCACUUAUUUUUGUAGUCUUUAAAUUAGGAAAUCAUGUAACAAAGCACCCAUCAGGUUAGUGAGAAAGGUUAAGUAUUUCAUUGCAAACCAUAAAACUCCACUAUAAAGUGAAACAAUAACAUUCUGAAAAGGUAAUUAAUCUAGAAAUUCCCAGAAUUGUUGUCAUUUAAGUCAAAAAUAUGAGAUACAACCUCAAUGCACUUGUUUUUGAACAAUAAGUAAACAGUUCUCUUUAAGGGAAAUUAUUGUGCUCAACUACAACAUACAAUAAUAUAUCUUGUCUGAUUGUAAUUGUCUAAAUUUAAUCAAUUCUUAGCCACCACACUAUAAAUCUGGUCCCUCAUAUAAUAAGAACUGAUCCGGAGAAUCCAGAGGUUGUAAACCUUCCCUAUAAACUUGACGAUCCUCUUCAUAUCUGAUUGUCAGCAUUUUUAAUUGAAAGCCUCCUUUAAGGAAUAUUCCGGGUUCAAAGGAAAGUUCAGCUCAAUCGACAGCAAUUGUGGCAUAAUGCUGAUUACCACAAAAAUGUAUUUAAAAACAGCAAAAUCGAGGAUCCAUUGAGGCACUAGCAAAGUGAAUAGGGACCAAUUUUUGGAGUGUUUAAAUGCAGAAUUGUGAAGCUUAUAAUUUUAUAAAAGCACUUAUAUUAGUUAUUUUGUUAAAACUUGUGUAUUAUUUGAGCCGUUGUUUCAAUUGUAAUUUUUACAGUAUUUUUAAAGUUUUAGUGUUUGUUGACAUUACAUCGUCAUGGCAACGAAGUUGUAAAAUUGGCUGUAACUUUACACAGAAAAGGUAAGCGAUUUUUGAAACUGAGAGUAUUUUAACGUUCAGAAAUUGGCCCCAUUCACUUCCAUUGUAAGUGCCUCAAUGGAACCCAGACGUUUGCUUUUUUAAAGAAAAGGAGGGACAAAUUUUUGUGGUAAUCAACAUUAUGCCACAAAUGCUGUCGACUGAGCUUAACUUGCAUUAAACACAGAAUAUUCCUUUGAGAGAUGUCAUGAUUUUCCUAUUUAGCAGUGUAACAACCCCCAAAAAAUCCAUAUAAUGAUAUAAGUGCCUGGUAUGCCCUUGUACAUUUCCCUGAAGCACUUAUCUGAAUUUACAGCAUUCAAAACAACAGUAGAUUUUGUUUGGCAUUUAAAGCCUGAAAACCAUGAAAAGAUACAAUAGUAGACAUUGUUGAAAUAGUUGCAUUUAGAUAGUUUAGUGCAUCAAAACAGAAGUGGAUUGCAUCUUUUUUGCAAAGUGUUUAAUAAAUACAUUUAUUUUUUUCUCUACUAUUGCUUUCCCUGCUUCUUUUAUUGCAUUACUUACAAAACCAUGUUUCUUCGCUUCUUAUUAAGGUCCACAGGCGAACAUAAGCCUAGCAAUGGUUUACUAUUUGGUUACUGAUAAUGAGAUCAGAAUGUGCAGUACAUUUUUAGCUAAAUAGUAACACUUUCAAUAGAAGUUACACUGUUGCGACCAAAAUAAAUUGAGCUCUCUGACUGCAUUCUGCAAAGGAUGAAUGUUGGCAAAAGUGCUGAGGAGUGCUAUAGGAAGAAUCUGACACUCGUCUGGGGUUUAAAAUGUAAAAUACAUGUAUUAUCUCUGUGUGAUCAAAAGUGAGGAACACACGUGAAGUUAAUAACUUCAUAUGGUGGGACGAUGCUUUUGUGCACAGGCUUUUGUUCUGUCCUCUGGUAUCUAAAAUAAAGAAUGAAAAUCAUGAGUAAGAGCCACUGGAUUGUCCUCCUGGGUCUUGUGCUGAAUAUCUGCCAAUGGGGUGAGAGUUUUUUCU